GGCGGUGGUCCGUAGCCUCCAUCCAGCCUCAGCCUGGCUUCGCGGCGGAGGCGGCGCCUCUCCCGCAGGUCAGACCCGGCAGCGCUGGCGCGCGGCGCGGGGCGGGAGAGGGCAGGCAGGGGGCGCCGCUCUCGCGGCCCGGGCGGUGACUGACAGCGGCGGCGGCGGCUCCAGGCGAGCGCGGUCCCCGCGUGCGCACACAUUCGAGCCGCCACGCAGGGACCCACCGACACCGGCCGCCGCGACCGCGGACACCCGGGCUCGGCGCGCGCUCCUCGGCGCACAUGCUCCGCAUCCCCGGGUGGCGCGGGCCGCGGACUUGCAGCUGCGCUUCCUCCCCGCGGAGUGUGCCCCGGGCCAACCCGCAGCCAGCAGCCCAGUGGCGAGGCCCCGCUGUGAGCAGUAAAAAGAGAGAGGACAACAGUGGAAGUCAGGAAUCCUGGGCCUAGUUCCAGAGGAGGCCCAUGGUGCUGUCCUUGCUGCACCAUCAGAACUGGGUGGAGCAUUUGGGAAGGGCGAAAGAGCAUGCAAUGCCUCAUGUCAAGUGAAGCAGAAGCACCAUGCGUCCCUGGUGCCCACAUGCCAUAGGUGGGGACUUCAUCACAUGCCUGCACCUGAGAGCAAGGGACCAGGAAGUGUCCUGUCCAGCUGUGAACACCUUGGGGCUGACUAGUGGCUGCUCUGAGUGGGAGGCAGGCAGUGCUGGCCUGAGCCUCCUUCCGGGCUGACUGGAGUCAUGGCCAGCAUCAUGCAUGCCUCCCUGGCUGCUCUCCUUCUGCUGCCUAUGGCCACCACCAUGCACUCUGACUGCAUGUUCAAGAAGGAGCAAGCCAUGUGCCUGGAGAAGAUUCAGAGGGCAAAUGACCUGAUGGGCCUGAACGACUCCUCCCCAGGCUGCCCAGGGAUGUGGGACAACAUCACAUGUUGGAAGCCUGCCCACGUGGGUGAGAUGGUCCUUGUCAGCUGCCCUGAACUCUUCCGAAUCUUCAACCCAGACCAGGUCUGGGAGACAGAGACCAUCGGAGAGUUUGAGUUCACCGACAGUAGCUCCUUGGAUCUCUCAGACAUGAGGGUGGUGAGCCGGAACUGCACGGAGGAUGGAUGGUCAGAGCCGUUCCCUCAUUACUUUGAUGCUUGUGGGUUUGAUGAGUAUGAAUCUGAGACCGGGGACCAGGAUUAUUACUACCUGUCAGUGAAGGCCCUGUACACGGUUGGCUACAGCACGUCCCUCGUCACCCUCACCACUGCCAUGGUCAUCCUGUGUCGCUUCCGGAAGCUGCAUUGCACCCGCAACUUCAUCCACAUGAACCUGUUCGUGUCGUUCAUGCUGAGGGCCAUCUCCGUCUUCAUCAAAGACUGGAUCCUCUACGCGGAGCAGGACAGCAACCACUGCUUCAUCUCCACUGUGGAAUGCAAGGCCGUGAUGGUUUUCUUCCAUUACUGCGUUGUGUCCAACUACUUCUGGCUGUUCAUUGAGGGCCUGUACCUCUUCACCCUAUUGGUGGAGACCUUCUUCCCUGAGAGGAGAUACUUCUACUGGUACACCAUCAUUGGCUGGGGGACCCCCACUGUGUGUGUGUCAGUGUGGGCUGUGCUGAGGCUCUACCUCGAUGACACAGGCUGCUGGGAUAUGAAUGACAGCACGGCUCUGUGGUGGGUGAUCAAAGGCCCUGUGGUUGGCUCCAUCAUGGUUAACUUUGUGCUCUUCAUCGGUAUCAUUGUCAUCCUUGUGCAGAAACUCCAGUCUCCAGACAUGGGAGGCAAUGAGUCCAGCAUCUACUUAACAAAUUUAAGCCUGGGAGUCCCCAAGAAAACCCGAGAGGACCCCCUGCCUGUGCCCUCAGACCAGCAUUCACUCCCUUUCCUCAGCUGCGUGCAGAAAUGUUACUGCAAGCCACAGCGGGCUCAGCAGCACUCUUGCAAGAUGUCAGAACUGUCCACCAUUACUCUACGGCUAGCCCGGUCCACCCUGCUGCUCAUCCCACUAUUUGGAAUCCACUACACGGUAUUCGCCUUCUCCCCAGAGAACGUCAGCAAGAGAGAGAGACUCGUGUUUGAGCUGGGGCUGGGCUCCUUCCAGGGCUUUGUGGUGGCUGUUCUCUACUGUUUUCUGAAUGGGGAGGUGCAGGCGGAGGUCAAGCGUAAGUGGCGGAGCUGGAAGGUGAACCGGUACUUCACUGUGGAUUUCAAGCACCGGCACCCGUCCCUGGCCAGCAGCGGGGUGAACGGGGGCACCCAGCUCUCCAUCCUGAGCAAGAGCAGCUCCCAGAUCCGGAUGUCUGGCCUCCCUGCCGAUAACUUGGCCACCUGAGCCCACUCCCCUGUCCCCUCUCCUCCAAACACAGGCGGGGCUGCAGGCGGCAUCGAACCAGGCAUGCUGUGCCUCUUUUCUCCCCUCAGGCAGCCCUGGGCUGGAAGCUGGGCUCCCUGAGGUGGGGGAAGGAUGCAGAGCACAGGUGGGUAUUUCCCCUCCCCGUCUGGCUCUGACCCUGCUCACUAUGGGCCUCAGGGCCCGAUCCCAGACAUGUAAAUACUCCUCGAAUUUGGAAAAUCUCAUCCCUACCCCUGUGCCCAGUGUCCCUGCUUACCUCCUAGCAGUGAAUCGCCAGGUUGCCAGGGUGUCCUAGGAUAUUGAGAGGGGAAGCCAUGCCCACCUGCCUGUUAGCAGAAGCCGGUCCCCAGCUCCACCCCGGCGCAUCUCCACCUGACCCUCUGUGUGAGGCCUUGUGUGCUGAGGCUGAUGAUCUUGCUUUGGGGGGAUUGGGGUGGCCUGCCCGACAGCUCCCUGCAGUGAGGGCUCUUUGGAUCUGCUUGCCAUUCUAGGGCAUUUUCCAGUCCCCGAGGCCUACCAGAGGUCCAGCUCAGGUGGCCAGAGCAUCCUUCAGACCCAAAGCUCUCUCAUGCUCACCCAACUUCUUGGUGUCCAGGUGCCCAGCUCUUGGGUGCCAGGCCAAUGGGACAACUCUAGGGUUCUUCCAAUCAAAGACUUCAGUUUGGGUGUGAGGCCAAGGGUCAGAGGAAGUUCUGGUGCUUUUCAUUUGGCUUAAGAAAAAUUGCCAAGAGCUAGAAAUGUAGAUAUGAUUGGAAAGGAGAUAGAAUUUGGGGGACCCCAUGGAAAAAGACUUCCACAAUCUUCAUUAUUUUACCCCUGACUCAAAGUGGGCAGGGAUUCGUCUGGUAGCCUCCCUUCUGACCCUCUUGCGUUAGCUGCAGAGGCGAGAGAUGGAUUCCUCAGAGAAAUUGCUCCUCAACCGUGCCUGCCACAUACAGCUGAGCCCUGCCCCUCCCCGUUUCCCCUGAAGUCGAAGCCAUGACUAGGAUGAACCAGCCGCCUUCCUGUGAUGCCAGUGGACCCUGAAGCACCUUACACCUCCAUGUGCCCAAAGCCAGGGCUCCGGGCUCUCCCCCUCACCACCCACCUGCAUGGGCGAUGAAGCAGCUCCUCGGGCUUAGGCUCAGCUACGGAAAUCUCUGUGAGACCUCUGCGAGACUCCACUGUGUGCUCCUGGCAGUGAAUCGCCAGGUCGCUGAGAGGGGAAGCCAUGCCCACCUGCCUGUUAGCAGAAACUGUUGGGAGGAGCUGCUGCUCCCCAACUCCUGUCUUGGCUCCCCAGACCAAGAAUUUAAGAUGAGGGCAGAACCAGGUUGGGGGAAGGUGGAGGCAAGUACCAGAGUGCCAUGGCCCAUGCGUGGGACCCACUUUGUUCCAUGUCAGCUUUUGGUGGUGUUCCUGUCCAAGUGUGUUUGCAAACUUGUUUCAUGAUCAUGUUUUGGAAUGCAGGGAGUUUGGAUGGAGGGGGAAUGUUGCUUAGCUUGAUUUUAUAACAAGGGGCCUGGGGACCUUGGAGAUCUGUCUGGAGAGGCCUUCGAAGUGACUGGAGAAGGGUUUAGUUGCUUGGUUUAGAGAUGAGCUCUGUGUCCUUUGCCUAUGAAGCACUACAGACCUCAGUCUUUGGCAAAUCCAGAGAGAGAAAGGGAGCCACCUGCCCUUUCCUGGGCACAUUUGGUACCUCGGCUGGUCAUGGGUAUAUAGUGACCCUUCCUGCACCUGGCCUUGUGCCCCACCUCCCCCCAUCUGACAGCCAUGUGCAUUACCCACAUGGGAGUCCACUGGCCACUUUGCAGUUUGGACACCACUGGGGUCCUAAGCUGCUCAGAAGAAGCCAUGGACUGGGAUUCAGAGACCUAGAACCUACCCCAGUUAGGCAUAAGCCUGAGACUGGACAGAGAAAUCUGUCCUAAGCCUCAGUUUUACCAUUUGUGAGAUGAGACAACUUCUAAAGCUUCUCCAGGCUCUUAACUUCAGUAAUUCUACAGUUCAGAACUAAGUCAGGUAAAGGGCAUGCAUCAUUGUUACAUGUAUCACCUAAGGUUUUGAUGUUUAUGUUUGUGUAUGUGUGGAGGGAGGGGGAAUGCUGUUUAUUUUGCCUUUCUUAGAAAUGAAGCAUUGGUCUCUUCCAUCUGGACACCACCUUGGAAACUGGUGGGCCAGAGGGAAGGAAGGAUCAGGCCCAGGACAACUGGACAGGUGCCUUGAAUAUUAUGUGCAAAUUCAGCCAUGUCCCUGCCAGGGGCAGCAUGCCACGACUGGUGGGUAGUGGCCACCCUUGGAUCCUAGAGCAGUUGCUGGGUACAGACCCCAUUUCUUCAUCCCUGCCCCCACCAGUAGGUCUGCUUCACUGGAAGACGAGGCUUUGACUUCAUACAUCUAUCACCACAGAGUGGCCAAGACACAGUCUGAAUCCCAUGUGCCAUUCUAUCGCCUGAGCUCUGGGCCUGUGUCCUCAUGGAGGCUUCAGGUUCCUGUCGGUUCUUUCCGGACAAACGACUGCAGCCCUGGGAAAAGAUGUGCCAGGAGGCUAGGCAGCUGGCCUUGAGGGCCAUGGGCAGUAGGGGAACAGCAAGAGGUCUGGGUAAAAAAAACCCUUUCCUCUCUGACUCUUUGUUUUCAAAUCUGUAAAAUGGGCAGUAAGCCUAGGUGAUUUACACAGCCCAUUGCAUCUCUGGAAUUCUUUGUCUAAACACCAGCCAUCUACUGGGAAUGGGUCUACAGGCAAGGGUUGUGGUGUUUGCCUGGAUUGAGAAGGGUAAGAAUCACGUCUAAUGAAGAAGCGUUGAGGGCCUUGGGAAUGGGUAGGUUGGAGGGGAGCAGAGUGCAACUCCAUGUCUCUGGACGAUCAUUACCAGGAAGGAGACUGUUGUUCUCUGCAGUCCUAAAGGAUGGAUUCACCCCAGGAGGCCGAGUUCUCCUUGGGAUGGAGAGAUCUCUCAUCCUGUCACACUGUCCUGCCAUGAGCAGGCACUGUCCAGAGAGGUUCCAGCCCCGGGGAAAUGGCACUCCGAGUCAGGGACGCUGCCUGUUGGGGAGCCUGUUGGGUUGGAGGGAGUGUUUUGGCGGGGUGUUCAGUGGCUUUCCGACUCCCUGCCGGGCCCAAGGCCAGGCCACAUUCUCUGUCUCAGUGGGUAGCUCUAUGACCCUUAACUCACCUAGUGGGCUGCAGCGAUUCCUUUCUAACCCCUCCCCUUCCCCAAGCUGGCUUCUCCGGGGCCAGGGAGCUGGAGCUGACCCCAAAGCUGGACAUAUGUCCGAGUCCAUCAUCCCCCACCAAGGGCACUGACUCUCUUCCAUCUGACCCUUUCCCUUCCUGGAAGGAAAGCUAAAAGAGGCUUCCGGUGUAAUUCUGUGAGUACCCUUAACCCCUUCAAGGCUGCUCCAGAGUAAAAACAGUGAGUGCUUUGUCAUCUUAAAUUCUCACUUGAGCCCAGUGGCCACGGAAGCCCACGGGAGAAGCUUUGAGCAAGGAGUGGGGGCCUAGGCUGCUCUCAGCUUUGUCACUGACCUGCUGUUUGGCCUUCACUCCUCCCCCAUGUAUCUCUGGGGAGACCUGGUGCACAAAGCACUAGAGCUGGGAGGAAACUUGGAGAUCUGCAGGUCAGAUCUCCCCACAAGGCUGAUAAGAAAACCCAGGCUGGCUUAGCAUGGUUGCCUGCACCAUGUUGGGAUCCAGUAUGCUUUACAAACCUGAAUAAGGAAAUGGGCCUGCCAGUAUGUGCCCAUCCCUGCAUGUGAGCCAGAGAGAGACCCUCAGUGAAGCAUUCAUGCAUUCAGUCUUGUGCAGGAGAGGGGUUCUGGCUGCAGAAGUUAGGACUCCAGACUGCUGGAGGAGCAGUGGGGUCAGCGUGGCAUGGGGAGACCUGCCUUGUAGCCUGGGUUUCACCACACAUUCUGUGCUCCAGGGCUGAACCCCUCUGGGCCUCUGCUUCCUAAUCUGAGAGGUGGGAGGGCACAGUGUGCUGUCGGCCCCUCAGGCCAGGGAUGAGGUUGAAGGGAAAGGCCCUGUGUGUGAAAGGGCUUCACACUAUGCACAUGUGCGCUGGAUAGUGGGGUGGUGACCCCUGAAAGGGACCCCUGCUGUUUGUCAACUGCUUUGACCCCUCCUGGGUUAACCUUUGCCCCAUUUGUAAAACCACCAGCACUGGGGGCAGGGGAAGACUGGUGGGCUCUCAUGGACACAAAAUUCCAGGUUAUCCUCCAUCACUGCUUCAGUUUGUUCUUGGGGUUUGGAUGGGGAGACUCCCACGUGGGUGAUAUCAGUGUCUCCGUGUCACCCCCUUGGGAAUCCUUCAAGGAUCUGAGAUACCCCUCAAGUGGGCUGUGUGCCCAUUCCCUCUCCUUUUCCUCAACUCAAAGUCCUGGGAUGCAUCCGUGCUUAGCAAUCUGUGUCUUGUGUUAGGUCUGUUUUCUGUAGCUUUGCCCCUGUGAGGGUGGGAGUGGGGCAGCCCCUAGUAUCCCAGAUGUGGCUCCAGACUCACUUGUGGAGCUAGGCCCAUCUGGGUUUCACGUCCCUCGAUAAAGAUAAGCCCCCAGACCUCACUGCUACCGCUGCCUCUGUUAAUACUGUGUUCACAACCUUGUUCGGGAUUUUAAGGAUGUCAAACUGCUGUAGAUGACUCAAUAAAUGUCUUAUUAUUUUU